ACGUCAUACCCCUGGAUGUUGACUCGGGAGAUCUGUAGUUAGGAGGAGCAAGAUGGCGGCCACACGGAUGUUUUGCGGUGUGGCUCUGUUGCUGUGCUGCGGUCUGGGGGUUCGGGGGUCCCUGGACACCGCCCUGGGGGACAGCUCGUCCUGUCACCAUGUAUGUGAGGGCACCUACCCCCUGCACACCUACCCGGAGGAGGAGCUGUUCGCCUGUCAUAGAGGCUGCCGCCUUUUCUCCAUUUGUCAAUUUGCUGAAGAAGGAGAUGACCUGAACAAGACAAAGACGGAAUGUGAAUCAGCUUGCACGGAAGCUUACCCCCAGUCCAGUGAGCAGUAUGCCUGUAUCUUGGGAUGUCACAGUCAGCUGCCUUUUGCUGAAAAACGACAAGAAAAGCUCUCUGAUAUGAUGCCGCGGAUACACAUCCUCUUUCCUCUGACAAUGGUAAGAGCUUUCUGGAGUGACAUGAUGGAUUCUGCGCAGAACUUCAUGACAUCAUCCUGGACUCUCUACAUACAAGCUGAUAAUGGACGCAUCCUCGUGGUGCAGUCUCAACCAGAAAUUCAGCAGAUGGCACCGCUGCAGCCAGAAGACCCAUCGGUGAGAGGCAACAUGCUGGACGCCAUGUCGUCAGAUUUAGGAGAUGGAAAUUCAGCUGGCGAGAGCGUGUGGAACCGAAGAGAUGGCCUCCUGGAGUUAGAUGGAGGACGAGGGAUUAUGAAGUGUUUCUCAAUGAAUUCUAACUGGCUGCUGACGGCCACUUUGCUUCUAUCUAUCCUGGUUCUUCUCUGGAUUUGUUGUGCGACAGUAGCAACAGCGUCAGAUCAGUAUAUCCCUUCUGAGAAACUAAGCAUCUAUGGAGAUCUGGAAUACAUGAACGACCAGAAGCUUCAGAAAUACCCACCGGCAUCACUUGUCGUCGUCCAUGGUCUUCCCCAAGAAGAUGAAGAUGCUGGACCUUUACCCACCAAAGUGGACCUGGCCAAAUCUGCCAUAUAGGCCAGCCCGCUCUCUCUAUGCCACCACUUCAGGGGGCAUCUAUCUCAAUGUGGACUUUAAGUAUAACUGUGAAAUCAAACUAUCUGCCUGUCAGAUUUCAUACUCUGGUGACUUCAGGAGGAGGUGUGUGUGGGGGGCCGGGGGGUUGUCGCCUUUAUAUUAUGAUUUAGGACUGGAUCCAGGGAUGCAUCCUAUCGCGGAUGUCACAUGAUGUUUUCACUGUUGGUGUGGGUAGUUUCCUAAUUAUUUUUUUUUCUCUCUUAAUUUGAUGUUCUUAUAUACAGGUAGGUUAUAUUCUGAUCUUGGUGUAAGUCUGCUUUGCACCAUUUUAAGGAUUCGCUUUCUGGCUUUGCAGCGUUUCUCUGUCGCAUUCAGUGGAUCGCUUUCUGGCUGUUGACAUGAAUGGGUUAGUAUGGGAAGCGCGAUCUUGAAAGCCUGACCUUGUACUGUGCAACAGAGCACCUCACGCAAAGCUUGCUUAUUAUGGUGGGAGAACCUUAUAUCUAUAGCUUAUUCUGGUUUGCGGGGGUAUUACAACUACACCGGUAACUUUUUACUUAGGUCUUAACAUUCUAAAGGACUAAUAGCCUAAUAAUUGCACAGACACUUUGAUUGGCUCCGAAGAAGGAAUAGCAGAGACGAGUGAGUGCAUGUGCCCACCAUUAUUAUCACUGAGGGAAGGUUCAUACUCUUUUUGUGCACCCUAUUAGGCUGGGUUAACACUGUGGACCCCCGGACUGCAUUGCCGUCCCCAUAGAUGUCGAUGCAUUUCUGAGCAGAUCUCUCAAAACAUCCACCCAGAAAUGCAUUGCCGACUAUGGGGACAGCAAUGCAGUCCCCAUGGUCCCAGUGCCGCCGGCUCGAUCUCCGCCGGAAAUUCCACAGUGUGAACCCAGCCUUAGUUGUAUCCCUUUGCAUCCUGCCAAAAAUGGAAUAUUGAUGUAAACUGUUACUGGGAGCAUCAGAUUUCAUUGCUUUUCAUGCCUGAACAGAGUCGCCUAAUGUGAUCGCUCAGGGCUUAUGUGCUAUAUUUUAAGCAGAAUGAAGAAACGCAGGCCGCUGUGCUUUUAAAAUGGCGCAUGGGCUCUGUCCGAAGACACUAGGCGACUCUGUUCAGCCAUAGAAAGCUCCACUGCUCCCAUUUACAGUAUAUGUCGGCAUACCGUUUUUGCUGGGAUGCUGACAGAUGCUAAUAAUGGGGAGGGUACGAACGUUGUGUAAACCUAGCCUUAAGGGGGGUAUCUAAAAAUAGGGCUGAUUUCUUCCAAAAACUACACCACAUUUGUCUGCUGGGUGUGUGUGGUAUUGUAGCUCCGUGUCAUGGAAGUGAAUGGAGCCAAGUUGUAAUACCACACACAACCUGAAGACAGGUGUGGAGCUAUUUUUGGAAGAGAUUAGUUCUGUUUUUCUAAUCCUGAUAACUCCUUUAAAGAGGUAUCCAAGCACAGACCUGUAUGGCAUGUCCACAGGCUAUAGAGACGGAGGCCCUCUCGUCUUGUUGUGGCCAGGCUGAUUCUGAAGCUACUUCUGUAACUCCCAUAGACAUAAAUGGGAGUCACAGAAACUGUAUUAAACAGCCCAUUUGGCCUUGAACCCGGCUGGAUGAGGGGGUCAAGGGGGCCCAGUUCUCUGGAGAGUUAUGGGUCCCACCACUGGGAUGUGCAUCUAUCACAUAUGUAUGGUUGAUCCUUGGGAUAAGGCAAUAUCUGUGAUGGGAACCCUCCAUUAGGGUACGCAGAUUUGAUGCACAGGAUUUUCUGCUGCAGAUUUCAAAGUCAACUAAAUGAUUGAGCACAGCUUCUAAUCGGAAUCGGCAUUUACAAAUCAUGCGCAUCAAAUCUGCGCAGGAUCCUGUACAUGUGAACGCACCCUUAAGUGAUAUGUGGGGUUUGCGAUUUUGCUUCCAGCUAUUUGGCGCAAAAACUCUGCCAAUCGGUUCACUCACUUAGAAACCACAGACCUUUCAGCAUGUCACCGUGAAGCCUCCAAGGGAAAUGCAGUAUCCCAGAUUUAAUAAUCUGUCUAAGACGAGAAACGUGUCUGAUUUUUGUCUCAACCAAUCGCAGCUCUGCUUUCAUUUCUCAAUAUGCAAUGUUAAAUUGAAAAGAUGAGCUGUGAUUGGUUGCUAUCAGACACACAUGAAUCUGGGCCAGAUGAUUUCUACCAGUAGACCAACACAUGAACAUCUCACAAUUACAGAGCAAUGUUGCCUGGAAGGAAAAUUUCCCUUGUGUCCCAACUAUUGUCAACGUUCCAAACUUCAAGGCUAUGGACAAUUUAGCAAAAAAUAAAAAUAAAAAAUAAUAAUAAUUA